UGAGCCGCCAAAGCGGAACUAGUCAUAACAGCCGCUGUGUGGAUUCUGCGCGGAUUCAUCAGAAAAGUUGAGUAGAAAUCCAACUAACUGCUUUUGUGUCAGAACUCCGACAUGUUAAUUCACCAGCAUGAGUCUACGAGAAAUCAGUGAGAAUGUGAAGCUGGCCCGUGAAUACGCGCUGCUGGGAAACUACAACUCAGCCAGCGUCCUCUAUCAUGGAUUGCUGGAGCAAAUCAAAAAGUAUGUGUACACCGUGCGGGACAGCAGUUUUCAGCAGAGAUGGCAGCAGUUGUGGCAAGAAAUUAGUGAAGAGAAUCGACAGGUUCAGGAUAUAAUGUCGACUCUGGAGAACUUUCAGCUGGACGCCCCUCCUGCAAAACCCAGUAACCACGAUGAUUAUGAAAUGAGGCCUGUGCACGUGGAGCAGAGACAUUCUCCAUGCCCUGUGAGACGGCCCUCUAACCCCUAUAAAGACAGCAAACCUCCCAACAACCGGCUGAGCGUGGCUGUGAGGGCCCAGCAGAGGCACUCGCCUCGCGGGGCCAACGGGGACAGAAGCAAACCCUCCAAGGGCAAAGAAAAGAAGGAGCCAAAGGAGGCCUCCAGCAAAACAAAGGAUGAUAAGAACAAAGCAGAAGUCCAGGAGAAAGAGGUGAAAAAGUUUGAUGGGGCAGGAUAUGACAAAGACCUUGUGGAAGCCCUUGAGCGAGAUAUUAUAUCUCAGAAUCCAAAUGUUAAAUGGGACGACAUUGCAGAUUUGGAAGAUGCAAAAAAACUCCUGAAGGAAGCGGUCGUGUUGCCGAUGUGGAUGCCAGCGUUUUUUAAAGGCAUACGAAGACCGUGGAAGGGGGUGCUCAUGGUGGGACCUCCAGGCACUGGGAAAACGCUUUUGGCCAAAGCAGUCGCCACCGAAUGCAGAACCACAUUCUUCAACGUCUCCUCAUCUACUCUCACCUCCAAGUACAGAGGGGAGUCUGAGAAGCUAGUUCGCCUUCUUUUUGAAAUGGCACGUUUCUAUGCUCCCACUACGAUCUUCAUCGAUGAAAUUGACUCCAUGUGCAGCCGGAGAGGGACUUCAGAGGAACACGAGGCCAGCCGGAGAGUCAAGGCAGAGCUGCUGGUGCAGAUGGAUGGUGUUGGCGGAGCAUCAGAGAAUGAUGACCCGUCAAAAAUGGUGAUGGUUCUGGCUGCCACCAAUUUCCCAUGGGACAUUGAUGAAGCUCUGAGGAGACGGCUGGAAAAGAGGAUCUACAUCCCUCUGCCUUCGACCAAGGGGCGAGCGGAGCUGCUCAGGAUCAACCUGAAGGAACUGGAGCUGGCCAGCGACGUGGACUUGGACAAGAUCGCAGAGCAGAUGGAGGGUUACUCAGGAGCUGACAUCACCAAUGUGUGCAGGGAUGCCUCUCUGAUGGCCAUGAGGCGAAGAAUCGAGGGCCUCACGCCCGAAGAGAUCCGCAACAUUUCCCGGGACGAGAUGCACAUGCCCACCACCAUGGAGGACUUCGAGUCGGCUCUGAAGAAAGUCUCCAAAUCUGUGUCUGCAGCAGACCUGGAGAAGUAUGAAAAGUGGAUUGAAGAGUUCGGGUCCUGCUGAGGAAAAAAAAAAGAAAAAAGCCCAGCAUCCAGGUUGUCUGCGUCUUUAAUGUUUAACCAGUCUGAGGCUGUGUGGUCUGGGUAUAAGUGUGCCAGGCUGUGUGUUGUUCUGAGUCAGGUUGGUGAUCUGGAUGAAGGUAAUGUUUAAUGCAUUAGGUUAAUAAGUGCCCUUGGAAGAAUAGCACCUCUUCAUAUUGUACAUUAUGUUAAUGUUAUAAAGUCUAACAAGGUGACUACUACAAAGUCAACCUGAAGAACCUGUGGGUGAAAGUUUCUCAUGACACCAAAACUUUUUUUUUUUUUUUGGACUCGUGUUGCAAAUAAUUUCAGUGGCAAACUUUUUUUAAUGAUCUUGAAAUCAUCAAACAUAUU